CGCGGGAGUUUUCUCGCCUUCCAUUGGUCGGUGCGGCGUGCGGGAGAGUAUCAAGGCUAAACAAAGGGAGGCGUGAUGUCUGUACGUCGGCGGCAGGCGGUGGCGGGCUGGGCGGGCUGCACCGUGGCUCUCCGCAUGCGGGGGCGUCUCUGUUGCUCAGAACCAAAGCAACAGGCAGUGCAGCGGCAAGUGGAUUACGUCAUUCAGUAGAGCACGUGCCCGAAAUUGAAAUCAUUCACAUGGUCGCCGAACGUUUCGAACAAAUAAGGAUUCACUGAACGCUUCGUGUAGUACUUCACCGGGAAAGCGCAUGUUGCCGGCAGUUUUUGAAAUAUUGAUCUACCUUAAGUGACUGCCCACUAAGAGAAUGGCUUCACAAGACACAAGUUUUAUUCCAGAUAUGCCUCCAGGACCCUUGGACAAAUACAGAUGCAGAGUAUCUUUUGACUGGAAAAAAUUAAAAUUAAUAUUUGAAGACAAAGAUAUGCUGCAACUCAAGAUGAAAGUUUGGGAGACAUUACUUUCUGAUCACAUCUUUCAUCAUCUCCCUGUUACACCAUCAUCUGAAGAGCAAAAGCGACGUGCAGCUUUACAGCUUGCCAAAUUUCACCAAUUUGGAUUUUACAGCAAUGAAAUAAUGAAUAACAAAUAUAAGAAAAAAACAAGAUGCAUGAUGACAAUAAAUGAAGCAACAGCUGCCCUUCACAUGGAUCUGUCUGUUAAAUUCGCUCUGGGUAUAGCUUUAUGUACAAAUACUGUUUUGUCAUUGGGAACAGAACGUCAUCUACCAUUUUACAAAGCAACUUGGACUGGUGAGAUUUUAAGUUGCCUGGCUCUUACUGAGGUGGCCCAUGGAAGUAAUACGAAAAAAAUGAGAACAACUGCAACGUAUGAUCCAAAAACACAAGAGUUUAUUAUACACACUCCUGACUUUUUAGCUGCCAAGUGUUGGGUGGGAAAUCUUGGUAAAACCUGCACCUAUGCAAUAUUGUUUGCCCAGUUAAUUACAGCUGAUGGAGAAUGUCAUGGUCUACAUGCAUUUGUGGUCCCAAUAAGAGAUCCGAAAACACUACUACCUUACACUGGAAUUAUUGUUGGAGAUAUGGGAGAAAAAUUGGGACUAAACGGGAUAGAUAACGGCUUUAUGAUGUUUCAAAAUUAUCGAAUUCCUCGAGAAAGCCUCUUAAACAAAAUGAGUGAUGUUACACCAGAAGGAGAGUAUGAAACUUGCUUCACAAAUCCGCAACAACAGUUGGGUAAUGAAUUAGAUCAGGCGUUUUCCAUAUUUAUUAAUUUAGAAUAUUUGGUGUAUCUGAGUGCAGCCUUAGAAAAUCUUUCUACUGGCAGAGUAGGUAUAAUUCAAGAAAGUUCCAACACACUUUCGCAUGCUGUAUGCAUAGCUGUUCGAUAUUCUGCUGUAAGAAAACAGUUUGGACCCAAUGAUAAUGAUGAUGAAGAACUAGCGAUAAUAGAAUACCAAUUGCAGAGUGGAAUGGUUGCCGAGAUCCAUGCUAUGGUGUCUGCUUGUAAGCCUCUUAUAACUUGGACGUGUAGUAGUGCUAUUCAAGAAUGCAGAGAAGCCUGUGGAGGAAAUGGUUAUCUUAAAGCAUCUGGUCUGGGUGACCUACGGAAUAACCAUGAUGCAAAAGUCACGUAUGAAGGAGAUAAUAAUGUUCUGGUUCAGCAGGCCAGUAAUUGGCUUUUGAGGCAAUGGAGAUCUGUGAAUGACAGUGAAAAUAAAAAAGAAAUUUCAUCUCCAUUGCAAACUGUCGAUUUUCUGAUCAAUGCUGGGGAUAUCUUGCAAAAGAAAUUUCGUGGUCGAGUGAAAGAAGAUGUUAUGUCACACAAUUUUGUGAAGGAGGCAUUUCAAUGGAUGUUAUGCUGGCUUCUACGUUCUACUGAAGAAAAAUAUCAGGCAAAUCUCCUGGCUACUAAUAAUAAGUUUCAUGCAAAAAACAGCGUACAAGUGUAUCUUGCAAGAACAUUAUCAUUAGUGUACGCACAGAAUAAUGUGUUAGUGUAUUUUUGGAAGAGAUGCAGUGAAAAUUCACUUGAAUCUAGUUUGAAAUCAGUCUUGGAAAAGCUAUACUUAUUGUAUGGUUUGUGGUGUCUGGAUCAGAAUUUAACUGUACUUUAUCAAGGUGGCUAUGCAUGCGGUCCCGAGUUGUCAAAUUUAGUGAAAGAUGGUGUCCUUUAUUUAUGCUCAGCAUUGAAGGAUGAAGCCAUAGGAGUUGUGGAUGCACUGGCUCCACCUGAUUACAUUCUUAAUUCAGUUCUUGGAACAGCCGAUGGAAAGGUAUAUGAUAAUUUACAAGCAGCAUUUUUUCACAAUCCUAGAGGAAUGGAAAGACCUUCCUGGUGGAAUGAAAUUGUGCCAAAGAUCUCUUCCAAACUGUAAGGCAAUAAUUUUGGGUCUGGCACCCAAAAUACUAACUAUAAAGUAUUCUUAUUUAAGUACUUUUACAGAAAAAUAGUUUAAGUAUUUAUUAAAUACUUUCUUGUUUACAAUAUCAUUUUGUCUUGGAUACCAUUCACUUGUACUAUUUUUGUAACUUAACAAAUGAUUUGAAGAUAGUAAAUGGCUAGUCUCUAAGACAAAGUGAGUGAAUGUUAAAUGUAUUAAAUGUUACUAUUUUCUAACUGUGAAGUAAUUAUAUUCAUUGUAUGUAUUGAGGUUCAGGGACCAUUUGUUGCUGGUCGCAACAAAGAUUGACAGAAAGUGCUAUUCCUUCCAAGUGAGAGUGAGAGAGAAAGAAUACAUGCACCUUAAUAUCAUUUUAGAAAUUAAAUUAUUCCACAGUUGAAGGAAUAAAUAAUGAGAUUAAUUGUAGAAAAGACUGUUUGAGAAGUACCUUGUGCACAUUCCUGAAAUUUGUUAUUUGGUAUUUAGUACUUGUAAAAAUAUUUUCAAAUAACAUUUGAAAAAUAAACUUAUUGUACAUGAAGGAGAAAUGCAAUUGAAUCUUUAUGAAUUACCAGAAAGGUAAAUAUUUGUAUAAAGAAAUGUAUGACUGAAGUGUGUACAUCAAUUUUCGUUAAAGAAUUAACAAGUGGUUAUGUCAAAAAUAGACAAUGUGUAAUAAGAAUACCUUAGAAAUUAUUAAACCACAAAAAUUAUAAAAUGAAUUGGAACUUUCAAGAGUUACAAUUGCUUAAACAUAUUUAAAUAAUUUAAUGCUUCAUUUAGAAUCAACUUUCUAAGUACAUGAAAAGGUACCUUUUUCAUAAAUGGUCUUUCACUUUAUUGAAUAGGAAGUAAGAAUGUUCCAAGGACAUGAUAAUGUAUGUUAAAGUUGCCUAGAAAUACCAUAGCUUUUUGUUUCCUUGGAUUGAAAUCGGUUAAUGUUUUUUUUUAAUUUGAUUUUUCCUUUAAAAUAAAGAUAUUCUGUGACUCAAAUUUCUAAAAAUGCUUCUCUCAAAAAGAGCUCACAUACGUUUUAUGUUUUCAUUCACCGAGAAGCACAUUUCCAUUGCAUUUAGGCGAGUACAAAUAAUCAUAUUCCCCAUGUAUAUUGCCAUUAAGACUAAAAUCACCAGUCGAUUAUUUUCUAAUAACCAAUUUCACAAUGAGCAAAAAAAAAACACACAGUAUCAGUUGCUUAAACCUACAAGUUAAAAUUACAGUACAAUACAGUCCAAUAUCAAAGAGCUGAAAUAAUAGUUCAGUUUAGCUCAAUGAACACACCCAAUUAUUACACUACCCCCUUAUAGUGAAACAAUUGAUUAAAAUUUUUCAGAAGAAAAUUUUCUUUCGGUACUGGUGAAUUGGAAUUCAUUAACUAAAAGUUGUCUUAGAUCCUUAAUUUUUAGAAUGGUGGUGCUUGUUUAAGAUUUUUCACAAAUAUAUUUUGUGUGAACUGUGGCUCUGAAUUUUUAGAUUGCAGUAUUUUGGUGAUAUUGUAAGAUGAUAAAUUUUACAGUAACAAAUACCAGUUUUGGGAAUGGAAAGGACAUUUUACUAGAAUUAUUAUUUUAAUUUCAUGCAGAUCUUGCAAUAUGACUGGUUUGUAAGGUUUCACUUCUUAUAUAUUCUGUAGGUGCUAAAAUAAUUUUGCUAUAAGAAUAUUGUAGACAAAAAUUGUUUAGCACAAAUUCAGCAGAGCCAUAGACUAUCUCAAUGUAUUCCGACAGUGCAGUAUUUUGUAAGAAAUAAAAAUUUUAAGAGUGUAAAUGUGUAAAGGGUGACUUUGUUAAUCCCAAAUUAAAUGUCACUUUUCCUUUGAAUUGUUCAAUGUUUUUAUUAUACUCCUUCAAAUUCAAAUAUUGUUAUGACAUACCCUAAUAUAAUGCGAUUCAGGGGACCUUGUAUUGUUGCAUUAUUAUUAUUAUUAUUAUUAUUAUUAUUAUUAUUAUCAUCAU